UUACGCGCGUUGAGGGAAGAUGAGUGAAGGCGAUAAUGUCGGAGCAACUGAAAGACGGCCGUCUAACGCCGCGGAAAGCUGUGCCGUCGGUGGUACUGUGUAUGAAGCUGACUUCACGCCAGAAAUCGAGCAGGAGAAUCUGAUAACGUGCGUCGCCAAGGAGGGAAAGGGAAAUGUUCCAAAAUCCGACAACAGCCGCGUUGCGGUCGGCGCUUCUCCGUCCGUGUCGUCGAUCACGUUUCACGACCUCGGCUACGAGGUGACGCAGAGAAAGUGCUUCAGAAAGCUGCCCAACAAGAUCAUUCUUGACUCUGUGAGUGGUGAGAUAAGGACUGGACUGAAUGCAAUAAUGGGACCCACUGGCAGUGGCAAAACAACGUUGCUGGAUUUGCUGGCAGAUCGUAAGGACAAGACUGGUAGGAGUGGCAAAGUGCUCAUUAAUGGUCAGAAGAGGCAGGCCAACUACAAGACAAUGGUUGGAUACGUUGUUCAGGAUGACGUUGUGAUGGGAACACUGAGUGUGAGGGAAAAUCUAGAGUUUUCAGCAGCUCUCCGACUCCCAGGUCACAUGACCCGGGCCCAGAGGAAGGAGAGAGUUGAAAGGGUUAUUGAAACCCUCGGUCUCUACCGAUGUGCCGACACCAAAGAACGCCGUUCUUUCGAGGGGUGUCUGGGAGGGGAGAGGAAGAGAACCAACAUUGGAAUGGAGCUCAUUAUCGAGCCUCAGGUUCUGUUCCUGGAUGAGCCUACCACUGGUCUCGAUGCCCACACUGCUGUGUCUGUUGUCUCUCUACUCAAGAGUCUGAGUGUGAAUGAGAAGAGGGUGAUAGUUCUGUCAAUCCACCAGCCUCGCUACUCCAUCUUCAAGUUGUUUGACUCCCUCACUCUUCUCUCCCAGGGUUCAACCGUCUACCACGGACCUGCACACCUGGCUCUGGCCUACUUUGACAAACUGGGGCUCCACUGUGAAGAACACGAGAAUCCUGCUGACUUCUUCCUGGACACCAUCAUCCACCACGAGAAACAACUCCGCCAGAGUUCUCGGGAGACUGCCGUUGCAUUCACCAAGACCACCGUUAGUGAGAAGGAGGACAUUGACAAAUCCGCAGUGUGUUCAGAGAGUGGAGAAAAGAUGGUGAGACUCGUGGAGAGCUACAGAAAGUCGGAGGAGUACGGAGAGCUACGAGAGAGGAUUGAUCCAGUCCUGCAGAAUGUGGUGGAGGAGAAGAGGAAGGAACCUCUGGGGAGACAAGUGGCCAGAAAGAUGUUUACACGUGAACUCUACGCCACCUCCUUCCUUUGGCAGCUCCUGAUUGUGACCAUGCGUUCAGUCAAAAACCUCAUGAGAAGUCCUCAACUCUCUGUGUUUCAGGUAUGUAUAAUCGGAGUAUUCUUCUUCGUUUCUACCAACCAGGCGUUUGGUAGUCUCGGAGCUGUCCGACUCUUCAUCACGCAGAAAGCACUGUUUAUUCAUGAGAAUGCCAGUGGGUACUACAGAGUGUCUGCGUUUUUCAUCUCCAAGAUUGCUACUGAUCUUAUUCCUCUUCGAUUUCUCCCAAACCUCUUAUUUACAGUCAUAAUCUACUUCAUGAUAGGUUUACAGGUGAAGGCUGACAAGUUUUUCAUCUUCUGGUUGAUUCUGACGUUGGUGAAUGUUAGUGCCGUGUCCAUCGCGUUUUUCAUCAGUGCCGGAGUCAGGAAUGGCGAAAUUGCCAAUCUACUCAUCAUUCUCCCCUUCAUUUUCUCCCUGGUCAGUGGAACACACUAGCUCGCUUCAGUUGCUGUCAUAGCAUGCAGUGGACCCCCUCACCAGUGUGACAGAAUACUAUGUCUACAGAGUUAGGUGGGGUGUCCUUUUUUCAGGGGUCUUAAUAAUGUGGGAUUAUUCCUAUCAAUUGUUUGUGUUUUUUUAAAGUUGUUUGCAGGACUUCUGAUAUCCCUUGAUUCCUUGCCGGUGUGGGUGGCUUGGAUGAGGCACUUUAGUUUCAUGAAGUAUGGCAUCGAGUCAGGUGGAGCAAGUAGUGGAUGUAAUGCAGCAGGAGUGUACCUCAUUUACUGUCCCCAACAAUUGCACGUAUGUUGUAGCUUAUCAUUGCUCAUUCAGUGUCUGACUGACUGUGCAUUUGAUGGACUGGCUCAGCUGGGCCAGCUGGGAUAUGGUAACACAGUAUCUGUUCUCUGGUGGGACGUGUUUGCUCUCGUUCUCUAUGCUUCCAUCUUCCUGGUCCUCGCCUAUGUUGUCCUCAGGCUCAUCAAGAAAGAAAAGUGACUUAGCCUGUUUAGUUUAUACCUCGUUUCUAUAAUGUAUUUCUGUAUAAUAGAUGGAAAUUCAUUUCAAGUUAGAGUUUGUCGCAAUAACGGGCUGAAUUUAUUUACGUCCAUCGCGCUCCUGCUAGGAAAUCAUGCAAUAAUCAGCUAUAUAGCAUUAUUUCGCUAUGUUCCCUUUACCCCAGUCAGAAACAUGUAGCCCAACAUGUCUUCGUCCUGCAGUUUCUUCAUAGCCUCCGGGUCUCCAGGACACGAAUAACUCCGUACACCCGAAAAUCCCAGGUUUUUCAAUUGCUCCGCGACGUAGCUUGCCGAAAUAUUUACAAGUGUAUGGGGAGUCGAGCCAAUGUAGUAUGUUCCACUCUCGCGGUGCAUGUUUCGCUCUGACAGGUAAAGCAUGAGUGUGCCUCCCGGCUUCACGAAAGUUGAAACGUUUUCAACGUUCCGUCGGAACUGCGCGAGCGUUGCGCAGCAGUCUAUACACGACGGGGAGAUAACGACGUCGUAAGGACCUUCGUGUCCUUCUUGGAUGAUGCGCGGGGCGGUGAAAUCGCACGAAACGACCCUUUUCACGACGCUCCGCACCAGCGCCUCUCUCGCCCUCGCUUCUUUAGCACCCUUGCCUUCGAGGUCCGUGACCACGUGAUCAAAGAACGGCGACCAGUCGAAACUGUGAAAGGUCCCCUCCAACCAGGAGUGUAGAACGUCCCGAUUCCCGCGGUUGUACUCAGCGAGCGUAAUUUCAGAAGCGUGUGGAGCGGCCGAGAUGAUGUUCAUUAUCACUGGUCCUGUCCCGUACUCGAGGAUUUUUAGGGAGCCCGGCAGACUGGCAAACUCCUCGUGGAGUCGUCGUAGAGGAAAGAGGACGCGCUCUUUGCUUCUCAUAUUAUUCCCCAGCCUCGUGUGAAGGUAGGCAAGUGGAUCGAACUUUUCUCCGUUGUUCAUGUCUUUUUGUCUUAUUUUCUCGCUAGC